UUCUCAGAUAUAGAGCGAAAUGGAAUGGCCGCCGCUAUAAAUCAAAUGAAGUUUUUCAUUUUUAUUAUUGGACAUCGGUGGUUUAUCUGUUGCCCGUAAUUAAUAAAUAAGUUAAGUUAUUAAAAGUGCCGUGUGUUUAGAUAGAAAGCAUCUUUUUGUUACAAAAGUGCAUCAUAAUGGUGAAUAAAAUAGAUUCAUAAGUGAUAAGUUAACCUUAAUUUUUCUGAUACACAUACACUUACAAUGGAGCUUCCUCAACCACCCCAAGAUCAAGACCUACGCAACAUUAUAGACAAACUAGCACAGUUUGUCGCAAGAAAUGGACCCGAGUUCGAGAAGAUGACCAAGACAAAACAAAAAAACAAUCCGAAAUUUGGUUUCCUGUACGGUGGCGAAUACUUCAAUUACUAUCAAUACAAAGUGACGACAGAGCAAGCAAUUCUAAAGCAAUCAGCUGGUGGCCAGGCGCCUCCCCUUCCGUCCGGGGCUUAUAUGGCACAGACAAGGCAAUAUGUAAUGCCCCAACAGGCUGCUGCGACGCCUGCACAGCUGGGGCUCGCGGCAACGAUGGCAGCUGCUCCUGCCUUGCAACAAUGGUUGGCGGCGAACUCAGCACCUCCUCCAACACAGCAUUCCCAGGAGAUUGAGAAUGUGAAUGCUCAGAUCAACAUGCUAAGGGAACAAAUUACUCAAUCCGAGAAUAAUCUUAAUGCUCAACAUACUGUACUAAUUCAACAACAGCAAGUUAAAAUAAAUGAUUUAGUUAGUAAGGCUCAAGUGGAAACUAUUCAAAUAAUGGCAGAAGAAAAUAAUAUCAGUUUGGGAGAGUUAGACAACAUCCUGCAGCCGAUAAUUGAUACAUGCACAAAAGAUAGUAUAUCUGCAGGAAAAGGAUGGAUUUUACAACAUGCAACAUCUUCUGAUGCUGGCAAAGUUAUCUCUCAACAUUUGCUGAGGAAGGUCACACAGCCUGGAGCAGGGUUUACACAAAAGCUGCACAUCAUUUACCUUGUAAAUGAUGUUCUCCACCAUUGUGCACGAAAAAACGCUGAAGAUCUCAAGAAAAACUUGGAAAAAGUGGUGGUUCCAAUGUUUUGCAAUGCCAGUAUAGCUGUUACUGAAGAACAGGAAGCGAAGCUGAAUAAAUUGCUUCGGUUAUGGGAAUCUAAGUCCAACUACUUUGAUUCAACUGUAAUUGAGAAAAUGAAAAGUCCAACCAGCUCAUAUCAAGAGUACCAAAAUAACCUGAUUGCUCAGCAUUCCAACGCCAUCUCACAUCUGGCACAACAAACAAAGUCCACUUUUGAAAAUUACCAAACACAGCAUCAAGCAUUUGUAGCACACACAAUGCAACAAAUUCAGCAGAUGGAAAUGCAAAAACAUGCACUGGAACUGCAAAAUAAUCAUGACACCAAUAAAGAUAGUGCACCAAACUCAAUACAGAAUUCCUACCAGAACAAUAAUUUUAAUGAUCAGAAUUACUCAAUGGGAGGGUAUGAUCAGAAAUUAAGCAACCAACACUAUGGCAGUGAUAGUGGUGAUAAUUAUCCUUCUAACAAUAGUAUAAGUGGAAAUGAGAACAGCUAUGACAGUCAAAUGUUUGAUCAAAUAAAUCAUCCAAAAUCGGAGCACACAGAGGAAAUUGACUUACCAAGUCUUCCGAAUGUAAAUUUUUCACAACCACCUCCAGGAUUUCAACCUCUGGAAUCUCCCCCAUUCCAGAAUGGGCUCCCUGACCUAAGCAAGCCACCACCCGGCUUUCUUCCAUUUCCUGAAAUCAAUAAUGAUGACUUAAUGCCGUCAGUACCAUAUUUUGAAUUACCGGCUGGUUUGAUGGUUCCAUUAAUUAUGUUGGAUGAUGAUAAAUACAAACCACUAGAUCCAUCAACAAUACGCUUACCUCCACCAGCACCACCAAAUGAUCGACUAUUAGCGGCAGUGGAUGCAUUCUAUGCUUCACCCAACCAUGAGCGUCCUAGGGACAAUGAAGGCUGGGAGAAGCUCGGUUUGUAUGAAUACUACAAAGCCAAAAAUGCGGCCAGGAAAAAUAAAGAUGAAGCAAUCACUCAAGGCAGGAGACAGAAAUCAAAAUCGCCAAGUCCAAUACCAAAAGAUUUACAAAAGCAGCCAACUCCUCCAGGAAGAAGAUAUAGGUCAUUGAGUAAAUCACCAGAGAGGCCCGUUACGCCGAAGAAGUCGAAGUCAAGAUCGCCGUCGCCAAAACGUCGACCGACAUGGAGAAGAGAAAGAGAUAACCGUCGACGGUCACGUUCAAAGUCGAGGUCCCGAUCAAGGUCACGGUCUCGUGAACGAGAGAAGCGCCGAGACUCACCACGUGAUAAAAUGCGACGGAUAGAAAAGUCAAGAUCUCCAACGCCGCCUAGCUUCUUAGGUUCCACAUUUCCAAUGGCAUCAGGUGGUAUUGAUGCAAGCAACAAGGGUCACCAACUACUGCAGAAAAUGGGCUGGAGUGCCGGAGGACUAGGAGCAUCAGGGCAGGGCAUAGCAGAGCCAAUAAGUGGAGGACAUGUUAGAGAUAAGCAAGAUCAAUAUAAAGGUAUUGGUGUCAACUUAAAUGAUCCUUAUGAAAACUUUAGAAAGAACAAGGGUGCAGCAUUUAUAACUAGGAUGAAAGAGAGAGCUUUAGAAAGAUCAACAUGAUCUUUGCCAAUUGUGUUAAGAGUGUAAAAUGUGUACAAUUUGUGAAUGAGCGCCUGGAAUAUGAUUUAUUUAUCUAAAUCAUAAUAAUAAAAUAUAUAAUAUUAAUGAAUAA